CCCCAACCUCCCCCCCUCCCUGCCCCUUCUCCCCCCUCCCCUUUGCUCCUCCCCUCGCCCUCCCUUAUCCCCUGCGUCCUACAGCACGGGAGCAACAGCAGCACCACCACCAGUAGCAGACCGCCUCGAACGGCUCAUAGGCGCCCCCUCCCCCUCCCUCGCCCGUUUGUCCCCUCGCCCUUUCCUACCGCACGAUGACCUCCCCCGCCGCCUUCCCGCGGUUGCUGUCGCACCUGAAGUCGCGCGGGUUCCUCUUCCCCUCGGCGCCCCUGUACAAUGGUCUGGCCGGCGUGUACGACUUCGGGCCCCUGGGCACGCUGCUGAAGAACAACAUCCGGGAUCGCUGGUGGCGGGACCUGGUGGUCAGCCGGCCGGAUGUCCAGCCGCUGGACAGCGCCAUCCUCACGCACCGAAGCACCCUCCGGGCAUCCGGCCAUUUGGACAACUUCACGGACCCGAUGUGUGAAGCGGCCCUGAGUGGGGCCCGCUUCCGCAGUGACAAGUCCGCGCCGGUGGCGGUGACUCGCUGCGAGCGCACCGCGCGCGAUGUGAUCGAGAUCCGCCCGGGGGCCGGGGAUGGCGAUGCCCCGGGCGGCCGGGCCCCGGAUUCCCGGCUUGCCGCCGCCUGGGCCGAGCAGAUCCGCCAGCAGCUGGCGCCCGGAGCGCGGGUGGAUGUCCGCGGCGGAACCAUCACCCUUUACCCGGUGACCGUGGCCGAUGGUCACUUGGUGCUGGAGGCCGCCACCGAGGCCGAGAGCGCCAUCAAGGUCCCCUACUUCGGGGUGGCCGAGCCCGGCACCAACAGCCCCUUCCUGCGGGGCGCGCCGCGGCCCUUCAACCUGAUGUUCCGCACGUCACUCGGCGCGGUGGACCCACUGGGCGAGGUGCAGACCCUGCUCGGGGCCCUGGACCGUGGGGCCUCGCCUCCGGCCGGGUCGUCCACCGCCGGGGACAUUCUCCGGACGCUGGAUCAGUCGACGGUGUACCUGCGACCGGAAACGGCGCAGGGGAUCUUCCAGCAAUUCCCGAAUGUCUGUGCCAGCCAGGGCGCCGGUGUCAAGCUGCCCUUUGGCAUUGCACAGGUGGGCAAGGCCUUCCGGAAUGAGAUCCGCACCGAGCAGUCCAUCUUCCGGACGGCCGAAUUCGAGCAGCUGGAGAUGGAGUGGUUCUGCCACCCGGCCGAUGGGCCGGCUUGGUACCGGUACUGGCGCGAUGAGCGCACUGCUUGGUGGCGACGCCUGCUGGCCAACCGGCCGGAGGACAUCCGCGUGAAUGAGGCCCUGCGGGAGGCUGGCGGCGCGGAGGCCGCCGGGCUGGCACAUUACGCCCAGGCAUGUGCCGACAUCGAGUAUCGCUUCCCCUGGGGCUGGGACGAGCUGGAAGGGGUGGCCGAUCGGGGGACCUUCGAUCUGGACAGUCACCAGGCAGCCAGUGGCCAGGACCUUGCGGUCACGCCGCAUGUGGUGUCCCAUGCCGGGCCGGACUUCCAGCCCUUCGUACCGCGGGUGAUCGAGCCCUCGGCCGGGCUGUCGCGCGCGGUUUUGGCGGUCCUGUGUGAUGCAUACACCGAGGUGGUGGACCCCGGCACCGGGGCCGAGGGCUCUGGCGGCAAGGCUCGUCGGCCGGACCCCCGGGUGGUCCUCCGCCUGCAUCCAUCCGUGGCCCCGAUCAAGGCGGCCGUGCUGCCGGUGGUCCGGCGGCCGGAGUUGGUUCGCCGGGCGCGUGCCAUCGCCGCGCACCUGCGCCGUGCCGGGCUCCUGGUCCAGGUGGACGUGGCCCGGUCCAUCGGCCGGCGGUAUGUGCGACAGGAUGCCAUCGGCACGCCCUGGUGCAUCACCAUUGACCGGGAGACCGUCGAGUCGGAUGGCGGCCGCGAGUGGCCCGGCGCGCGUCCGGGCGACCUCGGCACCGAGGAGGGUGUCCCGAUCCCGGGCCCCGGGGCCCCGAGCCCGGGCCUGCCUGAGCCCGACUGGGGCGCCCUGCAGCCCGGGGCCACGGUCACCCUGCGGAACCGAGACACCGGCGAGCAGACGCGCGUGGCCGUGCGCGAUCUAGUUUCGCUGGUGGCUCGCGGGACCGGCAUCCCCGUGUACUUGGAUGAGGUGGACUGAGCGAGUGCGUGCGUGCGUGUGUGUGUG